CCUCGGACGUGUUACGUGCGUUACUUUCCUCCCCGGUGACUGGCUGGAGGUGACGUGCAAAUUUGGCGCCACAUUUCUGCAGCAGAAAGCGCCCCGGUCCUGACAACAAACCGACCGACUCGCCGUUCAUGCCACUCUAGGGUCACUCUAACGGGUUUGUCUCGUCUUAGAAGUUUUUUUUAAAAUGUUCGUCACGGACAUAAGGAAGGAAUUUUAUGAAGUUGUUGCCAACCAGAGAGUCGCACUCCUGGUGGCAUCGGACAUCGACGCUCUCUGCGCCUGCAAGAUACUACAGGCGCUGUUCCACUGCGACCAGGUCCAGUAUACACUCGUGCCAGUUACAGGUUGGCAGGACCUUGGCACUGCCUUCCUUGAACACAAAGAGCAGUUCCGAUACUUUGUUCUCAUCAACUGUGGGGCAAAUGUUGACCUCCUUGAGAUGCUGCAGCCAGAUGAUGACUCCGUCUUCUUCAUCUGUGACACCCGCCGUCCUAUAGAUGUGGUCAAUGUCUACAAUGACACCCAGAUAAAGCUACUAAUCAAACAGGAUGAUGACCUAGGCGUGCCUUCAUAUGAUGAUAUUUUCCGAGAUGACGAUGACGAAGAAGGAGGCGACUCUGGAAAUGAGAGCGAUGAAGGCUCAGAGCCAUCAGGCAAACGGAGGAGAUUUGACGAAGGAGCAGUUGAGAGGAGAAUUGAAAGACAGCGAGCGAGGAGGGAGUGGGAGGCACGAAGGAGGGAAAUCUUGUUUGACUACGAGCAGUAUGAAUAUCAUGGGACGUCUGCAGCACUGAUGUUUUUUGAGCUUGCAUGGGUGUUGACUAAAGACAACAAGGACAUGCUCUGGUGGGCCAUCAUUGGGCUGGCAGACCAGUGGGUUCAUGAUAAAAUCACACAUAUGAAGUACAUAACAGACGUCGCCACAAUGCAGCGACAUGUUUCCCGGCAUAACCACCGAAAUGAGGAUGAGGAGAACUCGCUCUCCAUCGACUGUAUGAGGAUCUCCUUUGAAUACGACCUGCGUCUAACCCUCUAUCAGCACUGGUCUCUGUAUGAGAGCAUCUGUAAUUCAUGUUACACGUCGUGCAGCUUCAAACUUUGGACGUUAAAUGGACAAAAGAAACUCCAGGAGUUCCUAGCUGACAUGGGGCUACCCCUGAGGCAAGUGCGACAGAAAUUCAAUUCCAUGGACAUGUCAAUCAAAGAAAACCUAAGGGAAGUCAUCGAAGAGUCUUCUAAUAAAUAUGGUAUGAAGGAUAUCCGUAUCCAGACGUUUGGUGUUCACUUUGGCUUUAAGAACCGUUUCCUGGCCAGUGACAUGGUGCAUGCUACUGCCGCUUUGCUGGAAAGCACUGACAAAGAUGACAGCGACAACUUCAUCAAGGCUCUUGACUCCCUUUCCAGGAGUAACCUUGAUCGUCUGCAUUCUGGCAUUGACCUGGCUAAGAAGAAGCUGAUUGCUCUCCAGCAGACUGUAGCCAGCUGCAUCUGUACCAACCUCAUCCUGUCGCAGGGACCCUUCCUCUACUGCUACCUCAUGGAGGGAACUCCUGAUGUGAAGCUCUUCUCUAAACCCAUGGCCUUGAUUCUGCUCUGCAAAUACCUCCUGAAGGCUUUCGUCCAUUCGACGAGGAAUAAACGCUGUAAACUGCUUCCCCUCGUCAUGGCUGCUCCCAAGGAUCUGGAGAAGGGAACUGUCAUUGUUGUGGGAAUCCCACCGGAGUCCGAGACAUCUGACAAGAAGAAUUUCUUUGGUCGAGCAUUUGAGAAAGCUGCAGAGAGCACCAGCUCCCGAACUCUUCAUGACCACUUUGAAACGUCGAUAAUCGAACUGAAGACGGAAGACAGAAGUAAGUUUCUGGAUGCACUCAUCACCCUCCUGUCAUGAGAAACUUCAGCACUCAAAGGGAACGUGAGCACGAGUUUUGAGUUUUUCAGUCCUAGUUCUUGGCUUGAGUCUUGAACAGUGAGUGCUGCUGCUGCUGUUCACAGAUUCAUGUUAGAUGUGACUGAAAUUAAUCAAUCUCGUCAGACAUGUACAGUGUCACCGCUACAAGAACUUUGUCCAUGGUUUUUUGUUUUCAAAGGUUUUAAUCAGUUUGUGUGUAUGUUGUACAGUCUUUUUGUCAAUGUGUGGAAGUAUUAUUUUUGCUUUUAAAUUUCUGUUUUUUAUUCCCGUCUAUGUAUGUGAGUAGUUCGCACCACAUUACAUUUUAAACAUGUUUUAAUAAAUCAUAUUAAAUGGCUUGAUAGAUUGA